UUCCCACUGCCAAAAAGGAAGCAAUCCUAUCCCUUACUGCUUAGUGCUGCUGCUGUCACAUCCAGCAAGUAAAGUUCCCUAAAAUUCUCUAUAAAGCUUUUGGAACUUUUCAUUAAAUCAUAGAAAAUUUAUUUUUUUCUGUCUUGGGAGCCAACGAUAUUUUAGAGAAAAAUUAAUCUGCAUUUCUCCAGUUGAACAUUUCUUAGCCUUAAGAGCCAUGCAAACAGAGCUCUCCACCUGCUUCUUUCUGUGCCUUUUGCCAUUCAGCUUUAGUGCCACCAGAAGAUACUACCUGGGCGCAGUUGAACUGUCCUGGGACUACACCCAUAGUGAACUGCUCGGUGAGCUCCACAUGGAUACAAGGUUUCCUCCUGGAGUGCAAAAAUCUUUUCCACUCAGCACCUCAGUCAUGUACAAAAAGACUGUCUUUGUAGAGUUCACAGAUCACCUUUUCAACAUUGCCAAGCCCAGGCCACCAUGGAUGGGUCUGCUGGGUCCUACCAUCCGGGCUGAGGUUUAUGACACAGUGCUCAUUACACUUAGAAACAUGGCUUCUCAUGCUGUCAGUCUUCAUGCUGUCGGUGUAUCCUACUGGAAAGCUUCUGAAGGUUCUGAAUAUGAGGAUCAGACCAUUGAAAGGGAGAAGGAAGAUGAUAAAGUCAUCCCUGGCGAAAGUCACACCUACGUCUGGCAGGUCCUGAAAGAGAAUGGUCCAAUGGCCUCAGACCCACCAUGUCUCACCUACUCCUAUUUUUCUCAUGUAGACCUGGUGAAAGACCUGAAUUCAGGCCUCAUUGGAACCCUGCUGGUUUGUAGAGAAGGAAGUUUGACCAGAGAAAGGACACAGACCUUGAAUGAAUUUGUACUACUUUUUGCUGUAUUUGAUGAAGGGAAAAGUUGGCAUUCAGAAACAUAUGAGUCCUCUGCACAAGCUAUGGAUACAGUAUCUGCUUGGGCCCGGCCUGAAAUGCACACAAUCAAUGGCUAUGUAAACCGGUCUCUCCCAGGUCUAAUUGGGUGUCACAAGAAAUCGAUAUAUUGGCAUGUGAUUGGAAUAGGCACCACCCCCGAAGUGCACUCAAUUUUCCUUGAAGGUCACACAUUUCUUGUGAGGAACCAUCGACAGGCCUCCUUGGAGAUCUCACCAAUAACUUUCCUUACUGCUCAGACACUUCUAAUGGAACUUGGCCAGUUUCUACUCUAUUGCCAUAUCUCUUCCCACCAACAUGAUGGUAUGGAAGCUUAUGUCAAAGUGGAUAGUUGCCCAGAUGAACCCCAACUACGGAUGAAAAACAAUAAAAAAGAGGAAUAUUAUGAUGAUGAAUUUUAUGACUCUGACAUGGAUAUUGUCAGGAUUGAUGAUGACAACUCUCCUCCAUUAUUCCAAAUCCGCUCAGCUGCCAAGAAGCAUCCUAAAACUUGGGUUCACUAUAUUGCUGCUGAAGAGGAGGACUGGGACUAUGCUCCCUCAGUCCCUACCUCCAAUGACAAAAGUUAUAAAAGUUUAUAUUUGAAUAAUGGUCCUCAGCGGAUUGGCAGGAUGUACAAAAAAGUCCGAUUUAUGGCAUACACAGAUGAAACAUUUAAAACUCGUGAAGCCAUUCAGUAUGAAUCAGGAAUCCUAGGACCUUUACUUUAUGGAGAAGUUGGAGACACACUGUUGAUUAUAUUUAAGAAUCAAGCAAGCCGACCAUAUAACAUCUUCCCUCAUGGAAUCACUGAUGUCAGUCCUUUGCACUCAGGGAGAUUGCCAAAAGGUAAGUAUAACCUCAAUUUUAUACUUCUUACUUACCUGUGCAAGGCUCAGAAUGGAAAUAUCCCUCAGUUCAAGAAGGUGAUUUUCCAGGAAUUUACUGAUGGCUCUUUCACUCAGCCCUUAUAUCGUGGAGAACUAAAUCAACACUUGGGACUCCUGGGUCCAUGUAUAAGAGCAGAAGUACAAGACAAUAUCAUGGUAACUUUCAAAAACCAGGCCUCUCGUCCCUACUCCUUUUAUUCUAGCCUUAUUUCUUAUGAGGAAGAUCAGAGGCGAGGAGAAGAACCUAGAAAAAAGUUUGUCAAGCCUAAUGAAACCCAAAGUUACUUUUGGAAAGUGCAACAUCAUAUGGCACCCACUAAAAAUGAGUUUGACUGCAAAGCUUGGGCUUAUUUUUCUGAUGUUGAUCUGGAAAAAGAUAUGCACUCAGGCUUGAUUGGACCUCUUCUGAUCUGCCGCACUAACACGCUGAACCCUGCUCAUGGGAGACAAGUGACAGUGCAAGAAUUUGUUCUGUUUUUCACUAUUUUUGAUGAGACCAAAAGCUGGUACUUCACUGAAAACAUGGAAAGGAACUGCAGGGCUCCCUGCAAUAUCCAGAUGGAGGACCCCACUUUUAAAGAAAAUUAUCGUUUCCAUGCAAUCAAUGGCUAUGUGAUGGAUACUCUACCUGGGUUAGUAAUGGCUCAGGAUCAAAGGAUUCGAUGGUAUCUGCUCAGUAUGGGCAGCAGUGAAAACAUCCAUUCUAUUCAUUUCAGUGGACAUGUAUUCACUGUACGGAAAAAAGAGGAGUAUAAAAUGGCAGUCUACAACCUCUAUCCAGGUGUUUUUGAGACAGUGGAAAUGCUACCAUCCAAAGUUGGAAUUUGGAGAAUAGAAUGCCUUAUUGGCGAACACCUACAAGCUGGGAUGAGCACUCUUUUUCUGGUGUAUAGCAAGCAGUGUCAGGCUCCACUGGGAAUGGCUUCUGGACGCAUUAGAGAUUUUCAGAUUACAGCUUCAGGACAAUAUGGACAGUGGGCCCCAAAGCUGGCCAGACUUCAUUAUUCUGGAUCAAUCAAUGCCUGGAGCACCAAGGAUCCAUUUUCCUGGAUCAAGGUGGAUUUGUUGGCACCAAUGAUUAUUCACAGCAUCAUGACCCAGGGUGCCCGACAGAAGUUCUCCAGCCUCUACAUCUCUCAGUUUAUCAUCAUGUAUAGUCUUGAUGGGACUACAUGGCAGAGUUAUCGUGGGAAUUCCACUGGGACCUUAAUGGUAUUCUUUGGGAAUGUGGAUUCAUCUGGAAUAAAACACAAUAUUUUUAACCCUCCAAUUAUUGCUCGGUACAUACGUUUGCACCCAACACACUACAGCCUCCGUAGUACUCUUCGCAUGGAGUUGAUGGGCUGUGAUUUAAACAGUUGCAACAUUCCACUAGGAAUGGAGAGUAAAGUAAUAUCAGAUGCACAGAUUACUGCCUCAUCCUACUUAAACAAUAUGUUUGCUACCUGGUCUCCUUCACAAGCCCGACUUCACCUCCAGGGGAGGACUAAUGCCUGGAGACCCCAGGUGAAUAAUCCAGAAGAGUGGCUGCAAGUGGACUUCCGGAAGACAAUGAAAGUUACAGGAAUAACCACCCAGGGGGCGAAAUCUCUCCUUACCAACAUGUAUGUGAAGGAGUUUCUCAUCUCCAGUAGUCAAGAUGGCCAUAACUGGACUCCGUUUCUUCAGAAUGGCAAAGUUAAGGUUUUUCAGGGAAAUCAAGACUCCUUCAGACCUGUGGUGAACUCUCUAGACCCACCACUGCUGACUCGCUACCUUAGAAUUCACCCCAAGAGCUGGAUGCACCAGAUUGCCCUGAGGCUGGAGGUUCUGGGCUGUGAGGCACAGCAGCUGUACUGAGCAUAACAAGAAAUAAAGUACAAGACCUUUGGCAUUUUCAACGGAAUAGUUCUGAGACCUUCAUAAAUUCUCCUGAUCCAAUAAAACAACUAUAAUGUAGAAUUUCCUCCAUAAAAUGUAGUAAAAUAUAAUUGUUUAUAUUUUAUUAUAAUCAUAGGAUUUUCUUAAGUGCCCCCUCCCACCCCUAUUAACCUGGUAUCACUAGGAUAACCAAGCAUCCCAGUUUGGCCUGGACUGUCCCAGUUUAAGCAAAGCCCUUGCCAGUCCCCUUGCCCCUCUUUUCUAGGCCCAGACCAUUCCCUAACUCCAGUCCAGCAUGUCUCUCAGACUUGCCUUCUACCCCUGAGCCUGGCCUCUGAGUUACUUCCUGCCCUACAUUGCCUUGGUGCUAUCAUUUUUCUACGUAUUUCAAGUAUGCAGUCCAAGCACACACUACCCUGAAGCUUCCCAAAGGAGUUGUCAUUAAUCCAGCAUUUUAUGGGAAUGUUGCAUCCUAUUUAACUCCUAAGCUUUUCUACAGCUGCUUGAACACUGACUAUAUAUAUAUAUAUAUAUAUAUAUAUAUAUAUAUAUGGAAACCCAUCUGGAAAGCAUUCUCCUGCUGACAAAUUAGGUCUCUCACAUAGCCACCACUUCCUCCUCUGUAGAAAAACAAUGUAUUUAAACUUGGCAGAGAUAUUCAUGAUGUAAGCAUUUCAGAUUAGGUUUUGAAUAUUUAAAAUAAAACUCUCACUUUUUUAUUAUCCUAGUCAAGCAUGGAACAAAACAUAUUUGGGGAUCAUAUCACCACAGCCUUGAAACCAAAAGGCAAAACAUUUUAAUAGUCUACAAAAUGGAGCUAAUGUAAG